AUGUCAGACACAACUACCACAACCACCGCAACGUCAAUGGACUAUCCCGUUGACAUUCUCGCACAACAGCCAUUGCUGAAACUAUACACACAAAUAUCCCUCUGUUAUCCUUUACCAGGCGCCUCAUCACACCCUGCAAUAAUCGAUACAUUGGCCAAGGGCCUUCAGCGACUAGCUAUCAGCUUUCCAUGGGUGGCCGGCCAGAUCGUCAAUGAGGGCGCAAGUGAAGGCGACACAGGCGUCUACAAGAUCCAGCCACUGGAUAAAGUCCCUUCUCUAGUCAUCAAAGAUCUACAAAAUGACCCUUCAGCGCCAACAAUGGACGCCCUGAGACAGGCCCAUUUUCCCGCCAGUAUGCUGGAUGAGAGCGUCGUUGCGCCCCGCAAGACGGUGCCGCUACCCAGCGAGCCCUUCGAUUCAGACCCUGUCUUCCUUGUGCAAGCCACCUUUAUUCCCGGCGGUCUAUUGUUGACUUUUGUGGGACACCACAUGGCAAUGGACAUGACGGGUCAAGGUCACCUCAUCCGUCUCUUCUCGAAAGCCUGCCGCAAUGAGCCUUUCACUAACGAAGAGCUUUCGUACGGGAACCUCGCUCGAGACAAAAUUAUUCCUUUGCUGGAUGACUCGUACCAACCCGGCCCCGAGCUUUUGCGGCAGAUCCAAAAAUCGCCUCCUUCUCAUGAGGCCGUGGAGCAGCAAGCACCACCACCUCAGAGCACUUGGGCCUAUGUCACCUUCUCACCGGCCUCCCUUGCCGAACUUAAGUCACUCGCUACGAAGACUCUCACCUCCGGAUUCGUCUCCACAGACGACGUCCUCAGCGCCUUUGUCUGGCAAGCCAUCACCCGUGCGCGUCUACCUCGCCUUGACCCCGGCGCCGAGUCAACUUUCGGCCGCGCCGUCAAUGUACGGAGCUAUCUGGGUGUCCCCGAGACAUACCCCGGCUUAUUUCAGGAUAUGACUUUCAGUACCCGUACACUUCAACAACUUGUCAACGAGCCACUGGGGUCAAUCGCCUCCCAGCUGCGAUCCUCGCUAGAUCCCAAGACAUUGGUGUACCACGUCCGCGCGCUAGCGACAAUUUUCAGCCGUACGCCCGACAAAAGCGUGUUUUCCUUCGGGGCAUCGAUCGACAUGGCGCGCGACAUGAUGCUUAGUUCGUGGGCCAAGGUCGAUUGCUACGAGCUUGACUUCAAUCUUGGGUUGGGGAAGCCUGAGUGUGUGCGGAGACCGCAGCUGAUGCCCUUUGAGGGCUUGAUGUACCUGAUGCCUAGGUCGUUGGAAGGUGAAAUUGCGCUACUUGUAUGCUUGAGAGAUGAGGAUAUGGAGAGGCUGAAGAUGGAUGAGGAAUUUGCCAAGUAUGGCAAGUAUAUUGGAUAA